AGAUCUAAAUUCCUCCCCUCAUUUCUAUGCCAGUAUUCUUCUCUUGACGUGUGAAAGUCUCCCCCGUAAUCCCUUGCUGUGUGUGAAUAACUGCACCAUGUCGACUGAUAGCGCCUCAGACACCAGCGGCGAUGCAGUGCUUAUCGAUAGAGACGAUGUCAGCGACUUCAACCCGGACAACAUCCUACCUAUGUCUGCAGAUGCCAUCGCCAAAAUUCGUACCUGGCUGCAGCCCACCGCCUAUGAUGAUCGUUUCGGGGAGUAUCAAAAGCACCUGGCUUCACAUGCUGCUGGAACUGGCGUAUGGCUCACCUCAAGCACGACGUACCGGGAAUGGCUUCGAAGCCAGCAGCUAGGCACCCUGUGGGUGAAGGGCAUUCCUGGCUCGGGCAAAUCUGUUAUCGCUGCCCAACUGAUCCACGACCUUGCCGCGCAGCACCCUGGCACUCCGGUCCUUUAUUUCUUCUUUCGUCAAAUAAUCGAUGCCAAUCAUGAACCCACUGCAUUACUGCGCGAUUGGCUUGACCAAGUCUUAUUGUAUAGCCCUCCUCUUCAACGCUGCCUGAAUGAAUAUGUGGAGAAGCGCCGGUCGCUUGACACUUUAUCAAUGAGCGAGCUUUGGAGGGACUUACGCCUCGCUUUGGGCGGCUUAUCAAACAACGCCUACUGCGUUGUUGACGCUCUUGAUGAGAUGGACCAGGGUAAUGACGAAUUUCUCCGGACCCUGGCGGAAUUAGGCCUAUGGAAGCCAGGGAAAAUUAAGGUUCUCAUGACGAGUCGCCCUAUUGCGAGGCUUGAAGCUGUGCUCCGCAAGACAGAAAUGCUUCAAAUCCGCUUGGAUGAGGAUGCUGUUGAUAAAGAUAUCUCCACUUACGUGCAACAAAAGCUCAGCCUUACGUCGAUCACGGAUUCUGAUAGGAAACUUAUAAUGGAUGCCGUCCCUGGCCGAGCGAACGGACUCUUCUUGUACGCUAGGCUUGCAAUGGACGCCUUUCUCAAACCCGGCGCUAACAUUGGAGAUGUUCUGACCGCUCUCCCUCAAGAUCUUAACGACAUGUACACAAACUUACUUAGAGUACAUUCUCUCAGAUCUGGCAUCCCCCCUGAUCUACAGAGGCUGAUCCUCCAAUGUGCCACUCAUGCCUCCCGUCCCCUCCGACUCCUGGAGGUUGCUGAAAUGCUGGAGUUUACCUACCUCUCACAGACUGAAAUAAAGUUGAAAACAACAAAAGAAAUGGUCAGGACUGCAUGUGGUCCACUCCUAGAGAUUCUAUUGGACGAAACAGUCUGCGUUGUUCAUCAUUCAUUCACGGAGUAUCUAACGGGCAGCAACCGGCCAGACACCAGUGUGGACUACCCUACCCUAAAGCCUGGAACUACACACAACACUCUUGCACUGGCUUGUUUAUCCUACUUAGAAUAUGCUUUGCAAAACAUCGUGUCCAAAAGACAGCUUUCCGAACACUUGGCCAAUCCGGAAUCCCUACCUUGCAUCACAGGACACGACACUGAUGUAUUGCGUGGGAGGGCUGAGUUGCGACUAAAGUACCCUUUUAUCGAGUAUGCAGUAUCGAACUGGCAUGUCCACGUUACUAAGUCUAGUCUUGCUGGGUACAAUCAAGAGAAGGUGAAUGAGGCUCUCCAACGACUCUUCAAUGACACAGCACGUCUGAAUGCGUGGUUAGUCCUAGGUUGGCCCAGAAGUGCUGGCUCUUUUAGCGGCCUCACGCAGCUACAUGUAGCGGCAUCGUUCGGCCUUGAUAGUUAUAUACAGGAGCUCUUGAAAGGAGGAGAUAUAGACGCCAAUUGCCAGGACAAGCGAGGAAGAACACCACUCUGGUGGGCUGCAUCAUCUGGUCAUGCUGGUGCAGUAGGCUUACUUGCCCAAGCAGGGGCCAAUCCCGAUCAAGACGAUAAUCACGAUGGUUACAAGCCACUUCAUAAGGCUGCAAUGGCAAAUCAUGCUGAGGUUGCCAAGACACUCCUACAAUGUGGUGUGAGCCCCAUGACAGGGAAGACCCGAGAUACUCCUGGUAGACACUGUGGAAACUCCCCAAGCACCAUUGGACAGACCCCGCUCAUGUAUGCAUGCCAAUAUGGCCAUGUCGAGACUGUUGACGUCUUCAUGUCUUCCAUCUCAGAUCCUGAUGUUGUUCAUCGCGCCCUGCAAUGGGCGACCGAGAUGGGGAAAUCUGCGAAUGUUCGAAGGAUUUUGCAACAUGCCGAAGUCGCCGUGAAGGGGGAAGACCGUGGGCAUACACUCUUGGCUCUAGCAUGUAGCUCUAGAAAUGCGGAUUGUGUUUCGGCUCUCUUAGAAGCUGGUGCUAAUCCCAACUCCAACGAAUCUGCUCAGGCUAGAACAUGGCGAUCCGGUUACUAUCGCAGUCCACUCUACAAUCUCUGCACCGCCACAAAGCGGUAUGAUUCAGAUGACGAUGCCCUAGAGACGAUCUUUUCACAGCUGGUGAAUUCUGGAAUUGAUGUUCACCAACGUCAUGGGGACGGCUCCAACGCCCUCCAUUGGGCAAUAAACAGCCCAGUCUUGACGCGACUGCUUAUCGAUGCUGGCGUUGACGUCAACGAAACAUCAUCUGACGGUGCUACACCCUUACACAAAACUAAGAACAAUGAAGUUAUAGGUCUCCUAGUCAGCUUGGGCGGCGCGAAUAUCAACCAGAGGAAUAAAGAAGGGCAAACGCCUCUGUUGAGUUGCCUGAUAGGAGUGUUUAGUACAUCGGAAAAUUUAGAUCGACUCUUAGAAUUUCGGCCUGAUUGCUCAGUUGUCGAUAAUAAGGGCAACAAUAUCAUACACCAUCUCGUAAGGUGUAGAGAUGAUAUAACAAAGCAUCUUCGGGAGGUGUUGGACCUGGGUGCGGAUCCCAACUAUAGAAACUUGUCAGGCGACCUACCGUUGCACGGCAUCUCCCACAAUCUCAAGGCACUGGAACAGACCAUGGACAUGUUGCUUUCUGCCGGCGUUGAUAUCAACGCGAAGGAUACGCAAGGAUCAACUGUUUUAUACCGCGCAAUCGCAGAUCAGUGGCGAGAGUCUUUGAAAUUUGUCGAACUACUCAUGGGGAAAGGAGCGUCACUUGCUGUAAGUGAUUUUCAAGGUCGUACUCUUCUACACGAAGCAAUCAAGAGACAGACUCUCCGGAGGGAUCUUCAAUUUGCACGAGAUAUAGACGCAAAUUUCUUUGAGUUCCUUUUGGCCCGUGGACUCAACUCAAGCGCUGUUGACAAUCAUGGUAACAACCUUCUCCAUGAACUAGCCAAGCGACGGGAAAAUCACGACGAGUACUACGCACAUGCAAUCAUUGAAUUAUGGAAGCACCUCUUAUCGCUGGGCUUGAGCCUAAGCCAACGAAACUAUAAUGGUCGUACGCCUUUACAUAUUCUAUGCUGUUCAAGUUCACGGCUCCACGUAUACAGAUCUUCGAGGAUGCUUGCUAUCGAUUUCGUCAUCCAAAAGAUGAAAUCUUCUGGAGCGAUGUCUGUAGAUGUUGUUGACAACGCCGGUAUCACGCCAUUGCACCUGGCGUGCACAAAUUCCGGCUCGUAUGUUCAAAAGUUACUAGAUGCCGGGGCAAAUCCGACAUUGACGACACUGGAGGGCCGAACACCGUUGCAUCUUGCUACCCAAUCUAGGGAAAGCAACAUCGUUGGAAUCCUUCUUGACGCGCUUUACCGCAGGCAGAUGAAAGAGACGGUCCCUGCGGGAGAAAAUUGUGACAAGGCAACGCCAUUCAUACCGAGAGCAAGCUGGUACCAUGACAAUGAGUUUCAGUUCUCGCCCGGGGUUAUAGAUGCGCAGGAAGCCACUAAUUCCGUCAAUAACUAUGAACUCGGAUGGACGCCUUUGCAUUAUGCCUGUCGCUCCGGGAGGCCUGAAACUGUUGUCCUCCUACUUGGCGCUGGCGCCAAUGUGGAUGCUGACAGUCUCAUUGGGGCUUGUCUUCAGUUUGAGCAGGAGCAGUCCUUAUGGGAGAAAGAUUAUCCGUAUGGCGAGGAUUUGGAUGCUGGAGGCUUGCUAUUGAAUGAUACUUCUCGUCCUGCCACCUCUUCCAGCAGGAGAGCACCCGGCCCACGGCCAGGAUUGCCUAACCAAAACACGAGGAUCGAUGAAAUACUGGAAAUGAUACUUGAGAAGAACAUGCAGUAUGAUCCGAACAGAGAGAUUCAGCAAAAUUACCUUAUAAAUGGAGCCUUUCGCAGCCAUAGAGACUACACUGUGGGAUGCCUGGCUACUGUCAGAUCACUGCAAAAUGAGUAUGCAAAAGCGAAAGAGCAGAAACCCACAGAAGACAACUAUGCUCUUCACCAAAGACGCCGAGUUGAAGAAGUUACUCGUCAAUCCCUAACUGAAUUCAAGGGAAUUGUGAACGGAAAAGGCAAUAAUGACUUGUUCCAGACUCUAAUGAUGCGCCGCGAAUACGGUGCAGUGAGGGAACUAGCUCGAGCAGGAGCAGAUUUCUUCCAGCAAGAUAUACCAGGAAGCAGCAAUUUUAAAUUCCUAGCGCGCCAGGGGUUUGUCUCUUUGGCGAAGGGAAUCGUUGAUGAUCUGUAUCCCGAAUUGAAGGACUCAGACAAAGAAGCGUGCAGCUCUCAGCUAAGCAUGACUUCUGGGAGCCAAACCAAGUCUGAUCGGUUCGAAAACUCAUCAUACCUUCUCGCUGCUGUUCGACAUGAUUUACCGAAUAUGGAAAUGGUCCGAUUUCUCGUGGAAGGCUGCGGCGUCGACAUGAAUCGGCUGCAUGGCGAAGGUGGCGGGAAACCUAUGGAUGGCCCGCUACUCUCGGUUGCAAAGGGUGACCAGUGGUGGCAUGCUGCCCUGGCGGUUCCCUACUUUAUCAAGCGGUCGGCUGACUUGAAUAUCCGAAACCACCUUGGUCAGACACCAUUGCAUGUUGCGUUAAACUCUCAGAGCAUAUUUUGCGAAGACAUCGUCCGAGCUUUAGUUAAUGCUGGUGCUGAUGUCAACGCAAUUGAUGCAGAAGGGCGGUCCUGUAUUUCCUGCGCUGGAGAAGACGCACAGAUGGUUCAGCUUUUGGUCAAGAGCGGCGCCAGGGCUGACUCUCACGCACUAUUUGCAGCUAUCGAUGGCAACAAUCAUGAAGCACUACGAGUGGUCCUAUCAGCUGGUGUGGAUCCAAAUACUCGCCGUCCUGAAGUCAAGCAUUCGUCGAAGCAUCAGAACCGUGCUGCUGAGGAACAGCUCUUUGCAUUACACUAUACAGCAAAGAUGAAUAGCUCUGAAUAUUAUAAUAGUCUACGCACAGAGAAGGAGUCUGUCUUGAAAGAGGUUCGAGCGAAGAUGACGGAGACGCUUCUAGAAUACGGGGCUGACCCAUUUGCUACGUGCUUACAACGCGCAACAGUUAGCAAAAAUGUUGAGGGAAUAGGAGGGUCGGUCACUGUCUGGGACUCUAACGAAUCGCAUAUACCGAGAGGGUACGUGCAGUCUACCAUACUACAUGACCUUGUGGAGCAUAGUCGUAUAGUAGAGCCAUUCCUAAAGUUGACAAAUCUUGAUAUCGACCGCCGUGAUCCGAAAGGGAGGACGCUCCUACUGUCUGCAUGCAGUAGCUUUAGUGGUCCCGAUACCUUGAUAAAGAUCCCGCCAUCCUCCGUUGAAGAUCCGCCAAUGGCUGGCCAAUCCAUCCUAAAAUACCUUCUGUCCAGGGGAGCGGAUCCAUUGGCGAGGGAUGAUCAAGGCCGGAACGCCUUACAUCUUAUGUUUGAUGACACCAUUCAAACCUGGCGCCCCGAGGACCACUCCUACGAUGAUUCACUAUCGUACAUGGCCAGUAAAUACCCAAGUCUCGUAAACCAAAAGGAUAAGCUAGGAAACACCCCCCUACAUCUCGCACUCCAUUUCGCAACCAUGAGACCAAAAUUCAUGAAAGUUGUGACGCUUUUGCUUCAGUCAGGCGCCGAUCCCCUUCUUACCGACGGUGACGGCAACUCUACUUUACAUAUCAUAGCCGGUAGGCUCCGCAAUGCUGAAUUCCGUCAACUGUUCCAAGACAUGCUGGGCCGUGGUUGCAACAUCAACAGCCGGAAUAUCCGAGGGGAGACGCCACUCUUCUCUUAUUAUUCUUCCAAUUCCGAUAAUUUUGAUCCCGAGUAUUCCGAAUCCGAUGAGUUCGACAGCGACGAAGGUGAUAGCUGGGAACCACCCAAUGUCUCUAACGCGAAGGCAGAGGCGAGGGCACUGUGGGAAGCGUCUGGGGCCGACUUUACCACUCGUGACGACGCUGGCCGCGGGUUGCUCCAUCUAGCGGCCAGGAAAACCACCAAGACUUUCCUGGAGCUGAUGAAUAGGGGUUUAGAUCCGAUGAUGGAUGACGAGAACAAGCAGACGCCGCUUGACGUCGCUGCUGCAUGUGAGAAGAAGAAGAUUCUCGCGCUUUUCGCUAGGAAAAAGGAGGAAUAAGUAGCCUCGUUGUCCCAUGGCUAAGCAUGUUAUCCUUACCUAUCCCGGGUCUCUGGUCGGCGCAAUCGCCACGGGUCAGAUUAGUACAUCUAGAAGCCUAUGACACGGUUGAUCUUUUGGCCUCGUUUUUCACCUUCUCUCCUGGCUUUUGCUCCUAUUAUUCAGUGUACUUCGCCUUGCUUAGAAUGAGUUGAUGAAUCACGAUGUAUCAUAAUAUCAUCAACUGGACGCUUCAACUAUGCUUAAUAUCAAGACCGGGGUGACCCUGACAGCGAGCGACUUCGGCCUCUGUCAUCUUGUAGUGAUUCUGAAUCACAACUUGCACUAUGCGCCUUUGACCUUGUUUUUAUUGAUGCUUCCGGCGUCUCUGGGUGUAGAUGAAUGCUUCUGCGCUGCUUUAUACGCAGUAUGUUGUUGCUCAUGUCGUGCUACCGGCGCAAGUGCAGACGUCAAUUGAUCCCGAAGUCGGGCGAUUCUCGGCGGCCUAAUAGGUACCCUUCAGGACCGGCCCCCGCCCAGUUCAGUAAAUGCUAGCAUGACUAUCGUUCAAGUACUUGUUCUUUCUAAACAUCUACACUUUUUCUAACAUGUAAACAGUGAUUAAUUAUCACUUAAUCGAUAAGUAACUAACUGUUUAUUACAAGUUGUGCGUUUAAGUCCUUAAAUAUUCAAGAACUUUAGAUAUUUGAACACGUACCUAUGUUGAAAUUGUAUCAACUUUCGUCUAAGUGUUU